UACGGUACGAUGCGCGACAAUUACACUACGGAGCACUUCUCUACUAAAUUCAACUGAGUCGCAGGAGUUGUUCGUAGGAUCUCGGAUCUGAGAUCCAAUAAUCUGAUUGCGUAAACCUCAUCUACUCAUUAGUCUCGAUCCAAGGUUUUUGUAGCUUGUAAUUUUCCGGAUCUCAGUCAUGUCGAGACGACCAGUAAGUUUGACAAGACGUCUAGGUGAUAGUGCAAGCUUUCCAUUUGCAGGAGCAUUGCACUCGAAGUCGCGGUCAUCUCCAGUAUUAUCUGUUUGCCUUGUUCUUGUGGGGGCAUGCCUUCUCAUUGGUUAUGCCUACAGUGGUCCAGGUAUCUUCAAAAGUGUCAAAGACAUCAGCAAGGUCACAGGUGACUAUUCUUGCACGACAGAGGUCCAAAGGGCGAUUCCUGUUCUUAAAAAGGCUUAUGGAGACAGCAUGCGCAAAGUUCUGCACGUAGGCCCCGAUACAUGCUCGGUGGUCUCCAGUCUGUUGAAGGAAGAAGAUACAGAAGCGUGGGGUGUGGAACCAUAUGACAUAGAGGAUGCUGAUUCUCACUGCAAAAGUCUUGUGCGCAGAGGCUCUGUACGUGUCGCGGACAUCAAGUUCCCUCUGCCCUACCGAUCAAAGUCCUUCUCUCUUGUGAUUGUUUCAGAUGCUGUGGAUUAUCUCUCACCCAAAUACCUGAAUAAGACUGUCCCCGAAUUGGCGAGGGUGGCUUCUGAUGGCCUCGUUCUUUUUGCAGGGUACCCUGGUCAACAGAGAGCUAAGGUGGCGGAAUUGUCGAAAUUUGGACGACCAGCUAAAAAGCGAAGCUCCUCGUGGUGGAUACGGUUUUUCUUCCAGACCAGCUUAGAAGAGAACGAAGCAGCGACCAAGAAGUUCGACCAGGCUGCUUCAAAGAGAGCGUACAAGCCGAACUGCCAAGUCUUCCACCUCAAACCAUUGCACUAAAUAGGAACGUACGUGUGUAAAAGGCUGCAGCACCCUAUCAAACGAUGUGUUUUGUUCCCCUCUUCUCCCUCGUCUUACGUGCUUUUACAAUCCAAAGGCAUACACAUCAUACCCUUCACAUGACCAAAAAAAAAUAAAAAAAAAAUAGUGGAUCCUUCUCAUGAUGGUAGCUGGUUGUAUUCGUGUGGCUGAUAUUUUCCGACAUUUUUAAUUUUGUAACUGUCAACUAUUUAUUUUUCCCAACAAUAUCAAUCGUAGUUCAAUUGUUAUAGUUA